AUGCAUGCAUGGCGGAGCCGCCCAUUUAGCUUCCAAUCACAGCCAUUUGUCGUGGUGGCACGGCCGCCAUCCGCCACCAUCUCCUCCGAUCCGUGCAACCUCCUCAAUCCGCCGCAAGAAAGCAGAAUCAUAAUCCCGACAGCUGUUGCAAUCGACAAAGAUAAGAACAGCCAAUUUGCCGUGAAGUGGGCUAUCGACAAAUUGAGGUUGAAGGAUAAACAAAUCAUCCUCGUACAUGUUCGAACCCAUUACACCGCUCCUAAAGAAGGCCGUGAACCUACUCAAGCUGAAACACAGCAGUUGUUUCUUCCUUACCGUAGUUUCUGUGCACGAAAAGGGAUUCGUGCGAAGGAGGUGAUUUUACAAGACCACGACGUGGCAAGAGGGCUUGCUGAGUAUAUCAGCAUAAGCUCGAUUACUACAAUUGUCCUUGGCUCGUCAAGCCGUGGAGCAGUAGUGAGGGCAUUUAAGAAUGCAGAUGUUCCCAGCUCAGUAGGAAAAUAUGCACCAGAUUCUUGCACGGUGUUUGUUGUGUCGAAGGGCAAAGUUGUAAAACUCAAAUCCGGUAGUCAACCAGAGACUCCGAGCAGCACAACAAGUUCCAUGCCCCGGAAUGCGUUUUCACCUGCUGAUAAUAAUUCGAGCCAGUCGAGUUAUAAUCCCGAAAACCAGCCAAGACGAACACCAGACGAAGUAAAAAACACAAUUCCUCUAUAUACUUCCUAUGGCAGCAAAUCACCUGCACCUUAUGACUCGGAAAACUCGAGCUAUGGGGAAUAUACUUCUUGCUUAAGCAACUACAGCUCGUUUAUCAACUCGGGCCCCAGUGAAACUGAGUUCAGCCGAAUGACCAACAGGCAGGCGGACAAUAAGAUAUCAAAUGUGUUGCAGCCUAUGAGCAAGAUGAGCCUGGAGGUCCGAACGAGAGGGACCCGAGGUUACUCCAUGUCCGAGUCGAGCGAUGUUUCGGACAUAAUGAGUUUCCCUUCAGAUGUCUCGUUCGAGGUUAUGGACCCACAACCAGUUUCGGAUUCAUCCGGGAGCUCAACCUCUUCGCAAACCGCUGAAAUAGAGGACGAGCUGAGGAGACUGAAGCAGGAGCUGCAACAAAUCACAAUGAAGUACAACUUAGCGAAUUUAGAAGCAGCGACUGCUAGAGACAAGGUGAGAGGCCUCGUCGAACUAGACGAGGAAAGCAAACUGGACGAGGCAAGGCAAGCCCAUGAGGCUGCAUUAGCCAUUGUCGAGCGAGAGAAGCUGAUGUGUAAGGCAGCAGUUGAAGUUGCUCACAAAGCGCAGCGCAUAGCUGAGCUAGAGUCCGAGAAAAGAAAGCAUGUGGAAUUAAAGUACAAACAAGAAUCGGAAGAGAAAAAGAAGGCAAUUGAAGCAUUAGCACGGAGUGAGAUAAGGUACAGAAGGUACACGAUGGAUGAGAUUGAGGUCGCAACAGAUUACUUCCUGGCUGCGAAUAAGAUUGGUGAAGGUGGGUAUGGGCCCGUUUUUAAGGCCAUUUUGGAUCACACCCCAGUUGCUAUCAAGGUUCUGAGGCCCGACAUCUCGCAGGGCGAGCAGCAGUUCCAGAAAGAGGUGGAGGUCCUGAGCCGGAUGCGCCACCCAAACAUGGUCGUCCUCCUCGGCGCCUGCCCCGACUACGGCAGCCUCGUCUACGAGUACAUGGAAAACGGCAGCCUCGAGGACCGUCUCUACCGCAAAAACGGGACCCCUCCCCUCCCAUGGCCCGCCCGUUUCCGAAUCGCCGCUGAAAUCGCCACAGCCCUCAACUUCCUCCACAAAACCCGGCCCGAACCCCUCGUCCACCGCGACCUCAAGCCCGCGAACAUCCUUCUCGACCGAAACUUCGUCAGCAAGAUAAGCGACGUGGGCCUGUGCCGACUCGUCCCUGCCCCAGUUGCCGACAGCAUCACUCAGUGCCACAUGACUGCUGCUGCCGGGACUUUCUGCUACAUCGACCCGGAGUAUCAGCAAACGGGCAUGCUCGGGACGAAAUCUGACGUGUACUCGUUUGGGGUCAUGUUGCUGCAGAUCCUCACGGCUCGGCCAGCGAUGGGCCUCUCGCACCAUGUUGAGACUGCGAUUGAGUCGGGCCAGUUUGCGGAUGUGCUCGACCGUACGGUUGGGGAUUGGCCGGUUGAGGAGGCUCUUUCGCUGGCGAAGCUGGCUUUGAAGUGCUGUGAGCUAAGGAGGAGGGAUAGGCCGGAUCUCGACUCGGUGAUUUUGACGGAGCUCGAGAGGCUGAGGGAUGUGGGAUUGGAGGUUUCGCGUGGGGUGAGCUUUUUCUAUGCGCACUCGAAAAGUGAUGGGAGCUCCAAAGACAGCUCAUCUUCGAGUCAGGCGAAUCAGGAGAGGUUUUACUACGUCAACUCGUCUUCGAGUCAGGUGAAACAAGAAGUUUUUCCUCUCUAG